AUGACUAGAAAAAAAGUGAAACUCGCAUUCAUAACCAACGAUUCUUCGAGGAAAGCGACAUUCAAGAAAAGGAAGAAAGGCCUAAUGAAAAAGGUUAGUGAACUUAGCACCCUUUGUGGAAUCGAUGCGUGUGCUAUAAUCUAUAGUCCGUAUGAUCCUCAACCAGAGGUUUGGCCAUCUCAACCUGGAGUCCAAAGGGUGCUCAACAAGUUUAGAAGAAUGCCUGAAUUGGAACAAAGCAAAAAGAUGGUUAAUCAAGAGAGUUUUCUAAAACAAAGGAUCGAAAAGGCGAAAGAUCACUUGACGAAACAAAGGAAAGAUAAUAGAGAAAAAGAAAUGACGCAACUCAUGUUUCAAUAUCUUAGUGGAGGUAAUGUAAUGAAUAAUAUAAGUAUGGCUGAUUUAAAUGACAUGGCAUGGUUGAUUGAUCAAUAUUUGAAAGAGAUUAAUAGAAGAGUUGAAAUGUUGACCAAGAAUUCUCAAGGUCAAGGUCAAGGCCAAAUGAUGGCACAACCAUUACCAAUGGUGGCUAAUGGAGUGCCUAAGGUUGAAGAGGUGGGACAAGGGAGUCAUAAUGGUCAAGGGUUGGUGGAUAUGAAUAUGAAUGUUAAUGUUAUGCAAAAGCAACCUUGGUUUAUGAAUUUGAUGGAUGGAAAUGGUGGAAAUGAUGGUGCACCUCCUUUGGGAAAUGUUUCUCAACAAAAUGGAUUUUGGCCAAAUCCAUUUUUCCAAUGA